AUGUCACUGACGGCACCCAUGAUCCUUGCUUCGCCAGACGCAAAUGUAACUCAGGUAUCUACAGACAUCUACCAGGAUUUGUUCAAGGAUGAAGAUAUACAGUCCACAGAAGGCGGUCACGGGACAGUCUUAUCAAACGCAAUGUCUGCUGAGCUUGAUUGCAUUGCUCAACCCUCGCCAGGCGCUUACUCCAAUCAGUCCAUUGACAAAGGUGAUAUUGUUGUGAUGCCUUAUCUCCCUCGAUUUAUCAAGUCUCUGCCAUCCCACCUGGACGAGGAUGAUCUGCGAUAUCUACAAGCCCGUGGAUGCUUUACGUUUCUGUCCAGGGACCUAGAGAAGAUCGUCAUCCGAAGAUACGCAGAAUUCAUCCACCCAUUGGUCCCGGUCCUUGACCUUGAUGAAUUUGUCGACAUCGUUUUCGGAGAUAUGUCCAAAAAGAUAUCUCUACUUCUGUAUCACGCUGUCAUGUGUGCUGGCUUAGCCGCUGUCGAUAUCCAGACAAUUCUCGACCACGGGUUUGACUCAAAAGUUGCUGUGAGAAAACAGUAUUACACCAAAGCCAAGGUCUUAUUUGACAUGGACGUCGAAGCGGAUCGCGUGGUAGCAUGCCAAGCAGCCAUGCUACUCAUCAGCUGGGGCAGCUAUGAGCACUCUCGAGACCCAUUUUAUUGGCUGGGCAUUGCGAUCAGUCAAGCAUGUUCCUUGAGGCUUCAUGCGCCCGAGAGUGAUAGCAACCUUCCUAAACAUGAGCAAAUGUUGCGGCAAAGACUCUGGUGGACUCUGAUCAUGAAAGAGUGCGAUGUGUGCCUGACGCUGGGAAGACCGCCGCGGAUAUCACCUCAUCGCCUGGCCCUGCCUCAGCACGACGCAUUCACAAACACCUCUCAACUCUGCAAUUAUACGCAUCUACCAGAGACUGGAAAGCUCCGGAGAGAUCCAUGGAUCCAACGGCGCCUUGAGAUGGCAUACAUCGAGAAGGCAAAGCUUGCAACCAUAAUUUACCGCAUUCUCAGACUGGCCUCUUCCAAUGACGACUUUGUCAGUUGCCAAAGGAACCGGAAUGCAAGAAUUUGGCAGCUUGAAUCAGAACUCAAAGACUGGCGACUUCAACUACCCAUGGAGCUAACAUCAUUUGAUACGGCUUUGAAUUUGUCUGAAGAUGCGGAUAGGUCGCUACAGAUGACCAUGUCGAUCUUACACCUGACCCAACUUAUGGCGUUGAUAAUGCUGCACAAGGGUGAGGUAUCAGUCGCCAGUUGGACGAAGUGCUUACAGAUUGGGGAAGACUGGUUCGACGAUAACGAGGCAUUGGAUGCUCAGGGACACACCAAGUCAGUACGGCAGGCGGCGCACGAGAUCACGUCCAUCCACAAGACGUUGCACGAGCAACAGUUGACACCCUCGCUGCCAACAACUUGCAUAGCUACGGUUUGUACGGCAGUCUUUGUCCAUCUCCUGGACGCCAAGUCGACUGCAGGGUCCAUACGAGAUUCAGCUUUGGAGCAUCUCGACACGUGCCAAGCCAUCCUCCGUGAACUUGGACAAAUGAACGAGGCGGCCACAGACAUCACCAGGAUUGUCGAGUCCGCUGUUCAAGCGGUCAAAGGCUCAUCCGCGGCCCCAUUAACCAGACAGGAGAAUGCUGCAUCACCGGCCGGCACAGUGGGUUCGAGCCGGUCUCGAUUCACAAACGAUGGCACUCCAAGCUUUAUGGAAGGCGUGGUGCCUAACCAACAAGCCCCCGAGCAGCAUCGUCACGGCGCCUCCACCCCGCGGGAUCCGUUCGGAUUGACUUUUGAAUUUGGGGGUCAAGACCUGUUCUCCGGUAUCGAGAACUUUUUCGACUUUGAACUCAUCGAAAGCGUGAGUCUAUUGGCAGGAGCUUGA